AAAGAAGAAAACAUGGCAUCAGGAUUCAAACGCGGUGCAGUUGCAGAUCUGGAAGGGAACUGCAGGAGAAAGAUGCGAUAUGAUGAUGAUACUGACAGUAUUUUUAUAGAAUUCCCAAACAAAUUGAUCAAACGAUUAGCGAAUAUUUGCGAACAUUAUAUGUGUUGUCCUGGCGACUACAACGAGCCCAUCCUGAGAUCACUCGAAUUCACUAACUGUAACGGCGCUGACAGAAAUGGCGGAGUUUCUUUCCUCGAAGCAUAUUACAGUGUUAAACCAAUUAAGGGGACAAAGCAAGUCAUUGGCAGUGUUUUCACGAAAGGCCUUGAAGUAUUAUUACGAUAUGUCGAAAAGCGAAAAGUACCAGAAAGUUAUCCAGAAAGACUUGUACUGGGAAAGUUGCUUCGCUAUCUUGUUAACACAGAAAUACAAGCUCCUCUCCAAAACCUUGAAGAACUUAAUGAGAAGGACCUUCCCAUUGUGUUAGCUAAUCACCUGUUUGGACAGCUAUCAACUACAUCAAGAUUUGUUAUUGAUAAAAACAGCACUGGACCAACAACAUGUCCUUGCAGACCAGGCUGUGGUGUUCCAUGUAGUUACGGAGAUACAAGUAUAGGAAACGAAAAAGUAUGGCAUGGGAACAUGGAUGUGAUUAUCAACCAAGAAGUUGCCAUCAACACAAUAGAAGAUGACUCCAGUCCUGGGAAAAUGUCGGCUGAUAUCAGCCUUUCAAGGAAUUCUCAAAAUAUUGCACAAACUGUGGUUUUCUCGUUUCUCCAAAAUCAGAGCCACCCAGAGAGCAAACAUUCUCUGUUUCCUUGUAUUAGUGUAACAACCAAUGAUCUUGUGGUAGAUUUCUAUGACUCGGUUCAUGAUGUUCUUCUAGAAAGCUCUCCUAUUCCAUUCCAUGUUACAGGAAAAGAGUCACCCUUAAAAAAAGUCAAUCUAACAGCUAUAGUUGUUUCUUGGUUGGUUGUGAAUUAUAAAUAUUUGUGUAGUGGUUUGCCAGAGUUUUCAAAAUCAACAGCAAAAGCAGGUUUCUUCUUACAGGCCAGAGAUAAACUUCAGGUUUACAGAGAUAAUUUAAAGUAUGGAAAUGUUGGAGAUUCGGUACAUGUUGAUGAGGAGAGCGAUUCAGAUGUAGACACUCCAGAUUUUUUGACGGAAGUUAGAUCCAAGUUUUACAAUGUUGCAAGGGGAAGAUGGACGGAACGAGAUGGAAAUCGAGAGGAACAAAAUGUCUCAUCUUUUCAAAAAUAAAGAAUAUAUGACGAAAAAGACAUCAAUGCAAA